GGGAACUCCAUAUCCCAGCAUGCCCCGCGGCAGGCCCUACCGGCCGCGACUCCGGGCUUGGCCCCGGCCCUAGCUCGUCGGCGGUGUACUGGGGCGCGUGGAGGCUGUAGUCACGGUGGCGCCCGCGGGGACGGAGGAGGGAAUGAGUGAAGAGGAGCAGGGCUCUGGCACUACCACGGGCUGCGGGCUGCCCAGUAUAGAGCAAAUGCUGGCCGCCAACCCGGGCAAGACCCCGAUCAGCCUUCUGCAGGAGUAUGGGACCAGAAUAGGGAAGACGCCCGUGUACGACCUUCUCAAAGCCGAGGGCCAAGCCCACCAGCCUAAUUUCACCUUCCGGGUCACCGUUGGCGACACCAGCUGCACUGGUCAGGGCCCCAGCAAGAAGGCAGCCAAGCACAAAGCAGCUGAGGUGGCCCUCAAACACCUCAAAGGGGGGAGCAUGCUGGAGCCGACUCUGGAGGACAGCAGUUCUUUUUCUCCCCCAGACUCUUCACUGCCUGAGGACGCUCCAGUUUUUACCACUGUGGCAGUUGCUGCUCCUGUUCCAUCCGCUGUCCUAACAAGCUUCAGCCUGGGCCGUGUUUCCUUCAGGAGCCCCCCCAUGGAGAUGCAGCCCCCCGUCUCCCCUCAGCAGUCUGAGUGCAACCCCGUCGGUGCUCUGCAGGAGCUGGUGGUGCAGAAGGGCUGGCGGCUGCCAGAAUACACAGUGACCCAGGAGUCCGGGCCGGCCCACCGCAAGGAGUUCACCAUGACCUGCCGCGUGGAGCGUUUCAUUGAGAUUGGCAGCGGCACUUCCAAGAAGCUGGCGAAGCGUAACGCGGCGGCUAAGAUGCUGCUCCGAGUGCACACGGUGCCCCUGGACGCGCGGGACGGCGCCGAGGCGGAGCCUGACGACGAUCACUUCUCCAUCGGUGUGGGCUCCCGCCUGGACGGACUUCGGAGCCGGGGCCCAGGCUGCACGUGGGACUCUCUGCGAAAUUCCGAGGGAGAGAAGAUCCUGUACCUUCGCAGUUGCUCUCCAGGCUCCCUGGGUGCUCUGGGCUCUGGCUGCUGCAGCGUCCUCAGCGAGCUCUCGGAGGAGCAGGCCUUCCACGUCAGCUACCUGGACAUCGAGGAGCUGAGCGUGAGUGGCCUCUGCCAGUGCCUCGUGGAACUGUCCACCCAGCCCGCCACUGUGUGUCACGGCUCUGCGACCACCAGGGAGGAAGCCCGGGGCGAAGCUGCUCGCCGUGCCCUGCAGUACCUCAAGAUCAUGGCGGGCAGCAGGUAGAGCCCCAGCUGGACUCACGGACGUGCGCCCUCCGCUCCCUGCUCUUCCUGCCUUGGCCCGAGCACCUGCCCGCUCCGGUGCCCUGCGGAGCUGCCGUCUCCGGCUCUGACACGGACUGCCUGCCUUGAGGCUGAGCAGGGCACUGGGCCAGGAGCCAGGGCCACAGCCUGGGGUCCACCCUCCUCCUGCGGUGGGGGAGCAGGCGGGACGUCGGGCUCCCCUGGAGUCCGGAAUAAACGUGCACUCCUCGGGUUCGUAA